AUGGAUUUCAUGACCUCUCCUACCGUUAUCCCACUCCAGCCGAAUGGGAAGGAAAGUGGUGGGAAGGAGGUACAAGCUGGUCUUGUCCCCUCACAUGGCAUUUCCGUACAGGCGGGCUCGCAUCCUGCGGCGUAUCGACCCUCUCCCGUAAAGCAUGUGUCGACUCCCGCCUACGAUAGCCCUUUGCGACAUCACCAGCGCGGCCAUUCCACUCCCCGGCAGGUCAAAGAAUCCCUGAAUGCCAAAUCGGAAUAUGUUACCAGCCAAGACGAUGGCAGCGCGCAGCAUCGCAUCAAUCAAUACGUUAUCAAGCAGGAGAUUGGCAGAGGCUCAUUCGGCGCGGUCCAUCUUGCAGUGGACCAGUACGGAACUGAAUACGCAGUUAAAGAAUUUUCCAAGUCCCGUCUCCGCAAAAGGGCGCAGUCGCACAUCCUACGAAAGCCUCGCCGCCAGCCAAGGCAACAGCGCCCUACAGCUGGUGACGAUUUCAAUUCACCAUUGCACCGCAAUUCGGAGGGCAAUACGAACAGUCCGGCCAGCGGAGGUCAUGCUAUUGAUCUCAUCAAGGAAGAGAUUGCUAUCAUGAAAAAGCUCAACCAUCCCAACCUAUGUGCCUUGGUUGAAGUCCUUGACGAUCCACGAGAGGACUCUUUGUACAUGGUGAUGGAGAUGUGCAAGAAGGGAAUCAUCAUGAAGGUCGGGCUGGAUCAGAGAGCAGACCCGUAUGAUGAUGAAAGCUGCAGAUGCUGGUUUCGAGAUCUCAUCUUAGGCAUUGAGUACCUACAUGCGCAGGGGAUCGUCCAUCGCGACAUCAAGCCUGACAAUUGCCUGCUCACCGAGGAAGAUGUGCUGAAAGUUGUCGAUUUUGGGGUAUCAGAGAUGUUCGAGAAGGACUCGGAAAUGCUGACUGCCAAGUCAGCUGGCUCGCCGGCCUUCCUACCUCCCGAACUCUGUGUGGUCAAACAUGGAGAUGUAUCUGGGAAGUCGGCUGACAUAUGGUCCAUGGGCGUCACACUGUAUUGCCUCAAAUACGGGCAUAUACCCUUCGAAAAGUCUGGUAUAUUCGAGCUCUACGAAGCGAUCAAGAGCGACAAGCUUAGCUUUGAGACAGAGAAAGACGAGCAUCUUCGGGACAUGAUGUAUAGAAUCCUCGAGAAGGACGCGUCAAAGAGGAUCAAAAUGCCUCAGUUAAGGGAACAUCCCUGGGUUACAAAGCAAGGAGCCGAUCCCUUGCUUUCCGAAGCGGAGAACACCUCUGAAUUGGUGGGACCUCCUACAGACGCGGAGAUGGAAACUGCCAUUACAAGCAAUGUGGCCAACCUGAUGACAGUGAUGAAGGCAGUCAAUAAAUUCAAGAAGCUUGUGGCGCAAAAGCGGCCAGCAAUCAUGUCAUCAAUACUCGACGAAAGUGAUCAGUCUCGCUUCUCCCAACCACCACUGUCCAUGCAACGCAGCUCUCGAACUCCGAAGCUACAUCAUAAAUCCCAGAGCGUUACUUCAUUCGACCGCAAGGCUAUAGAGGGAGCGCUUGCGGUAGAAGGCGUCCACAGACAGAUGAACAUCCCGCGAGACCCUCAAAAUGCAAUCCGAGAAAAAGAGGAAGGCAAAAUGGCGCAGCAUGAUAACAUGUCGCUCAAAGCGCGAGAUGGCGCCACCCCAGAGGCUGUUCCUUAUCCUCCUUCGCAAUCACCUGAUCAGAGUCCGGAUCAGGACUCGGAGCCUCAGCCCUCCCAAUCACCAAUAGAUGCAGAAGAGGAAGAGCAGUACCUUGCCUUCAGACCCGAGCAUCCUCCAUUAGCUCGAGACCGGGCACAAUCUCAGGAUGAAGUUGGUCAUCGAGGUCAUGCACACGAUCCCCUUCAAGACCAUUUAUAUCUCUACAUUGGUCCUUCGACAUUUUCAGGAGCUAGCGACAACGCCGAUAGACGUGCUACCUUUGCGGUCGAUGGGGAGGAGGAUCAAGUACUGAUGGUCAGCGAGAGCCCUGGUGCAGCCGACAUUGACAUUUAUGAAACAGCAUAUCGGGACGAGAUUGAACGGAUUCGACAGCGCAGCAGGGAAGAAGGCAAAGAUGAGGAAGAGACAACUGUGUAUCUGACGAGACGAGUCGAUGCGAGAUUGUUGGCCGUUAGUCAGCUGGCUGGUCGAUUUAAAGCCAAAGGAGGAGGACCUGACAGGUUUGGGGCCACUUCCCGUUGGAAGGAUAAGAGAGCGAAAGUUACGGAUGUAAGUCGAGCGCUGCGUGAAGCUGCCCGGGAAGAGUAUGAGAAGAGGCGCCAGGAGCGUCGGCAAAAGGCUCGAGUAGCAGCAGGUGCCCCAACUGAAGCUCCGAAGACCUCGUCUGGUCCAAGCACAAACACAACCCCAUCACUGCAAGCGAGAGAAUAUGUCGCUUCGGGUAGCGAGUCUCCGGAAAGAGGCGCAGCGCGAUCUCUUAGUUCUUCAAUGUUUGCUGGCAAGGCCAUGGAGAAGGGAAAGCAGGCUAAAACAUCAUUCAAGAGUCUGAUGGGUAUGGUGAAGGAUCGGGGCAACACAGCUAAAGACAACGACGGGACCUCGUGA